AUGAAAGUGGAAGAAAAAUAAGACUACAGUAAAAAGAAUGAUGAAACAUCAAACCUUUUAACUGAAAUAUAAGAAUCGGAUGAAGUAAAUCAAAGAUAUAGUCAUUUAGAUGAUCCAGGAAGGUCAAAACUGUAUCUAUGGUUAAUGUUCUUUUAUGGAGUAGGAAAUUUACUUCCUAAUAUGGCGAUUCUUACAGAUAUGGACUACUUCAUUCACAAAUACAGCAGUAUUGGGAAGCAUCCUGAAUUCGUUUACAAUAUGGUUAUCAAUUUCUCCUUCGUUAUUGGACAAACAGUUGGGAUAAGACUCAUUUUAAGAUUCAACUAUCUGACUAGGUUGCUGAUUGUUCUUAUUCCAAUGAUCUUCAUUCUAAUUGCAUUUCCAUUUUUAAUAUAAUACACAGAAAUCGAUGCAAGUUGGGACCUUUCUAUUUUUAUCAUGGUAUUAAUUGUUCUAUUGUUGUUUGCUUUAUUAGAUGGAUAUGCUUGCUAUCUUUUGAUUCUAAAGAUGAAAAUGGCUAUUUUUACUCAACUAUAGUGUAUUUUGCUAUAAACGUCAUUAUAUAAAUAGCCUUAUGUUUUACACUACCUGUACAAUAUUUACAACUAACUAAUAUUAAAGGUAUUUUUGAAUUCAAGAUACUUCUAGCACUACUUACAGAAGAGAAAAGGCAUACCAGUGACUUAGAUAUAAACUAGACCAAUAACAAUUGCUAAUGAUCAAAGUUAAUAAUCAAUUGGCGCUGAAGAGAAUUAGGCUAAAAAAUCAAGUCUGCAUGAUUCCAUCAUUAUUUUCAAGAAAAUUUGGGUGGAAGCAGUGUUUAUUUUUUUGAAUUUCGCAAUUACAUUUCUAAUAUAUCCAAGUAUUACCUACUAAGGAGGACUCAAUAUCUAUAAUUCUCCUGAGUGGAGUAUUUUUAUUUAUAACCUAUCAUACAGUGUGGGUGAUUUUAGUGGGAGAACAUUGGGAAGAAUCAAACAUAGCUACCCUAGACCUUUCUUUGUAAUUGGAACUUUCUGUAGAUUGAUUCUCAUUGCUUCUACGUUUAUUAUGGCUUAUUAUCAUGACAAUGUGUUCUGGGGUAAUGCUGGUGUAAUCAUUUUGAACUCAUUUAUUCUUGGAAUUUCUGGCGGAUUUUUCGGAGUGUGUUGCGGGAAUAGUUUUCCUGGCAAAUUAGAAGAUAAUGAAAAAGAAUUUGGUGGCUUUAUCAUUAGCUGCAUGAUUAAUAUCGGAAUCGCCAUCGGAAGUCUCAUAAGUCUUGUUGGUUUUCAAGAUUUAUUUUGA